AUGUUCCGAACAGUUUUUGGUGAAAAGAAACAAAUGGAACAAAUCAUGCUAAAUACGUCACUAACGCUUGAGAAACUAGAACUGCACUUUAUCGAGUAUCAAAAUGUUGAUGAUAACACUGAAGAUGAUACAAUGUCAGCAGAAUAUGAUUUUCCAAGACUCAAAAGUCUAUGUCUGGAAUAUUACAAUGAGAGUCGGCCUUGGAUUAAUCGUUAUAUAGCAAGCUAUCCAAAAUUAGAAUCGAUAUUAUUAGGAAAUGCAUGUGAUGAACAUUUAAAACGUUUAAUGCUCAAAAGUCGAAACUUAAUUAAAUUAUCAUUAUGGGGUAAAUUUUAUGACAUCAAUUUCUACAAAGACAUGUCCACGAAAUGCGUAUCACAAUUAGAGGAAUUCAUAUUUAACGAUAUACUAAGUAGCUCAAAAGAGGAUGAAAACUUGAGCUACUUUAAUGCUUUCUUUACAUCUCAAUCAAAGAAUUUACGACGCUUUGAAACAGACGCUUUGCUCGAGAUUGACGAACUAGAAAGUGCAUUUCGAAUGCCACAUCUGACUGAGCUAUUCAUCAAGGGAUUUCAUUAUAAUGUCGAAAUUAUGGAAAUCUAUUUGGAGCACUUGAGAACAAAAGAGCUUCCAGCAGCAAGUUUGAAGAGCUUCAGUGUUCAUUUUAUGAAUCAAUAUUUACUCGAAAUAUUAGCAAUUAAUGCAAAGAAUCUCGAAGAAUUACGAGUAGCACAGUUCCAUCCAUCAGAUGUAUCAAAUGAGGCUUGGUUUCCAAAAUUGGAAGUCCUUAAACUAUUCUUUAUCGACAGUGAAUUGCGGAAGCAACUGAAAGAAAAGUCCGAGGAUCAGCGUACACAUUUCGAGAAGAUGAUUGUUAAGGCUAUAUCGAAUUUCAAUAACUCUAUACAACCUUUAAUGCUGUUGCAUUUACAGCCCGCAACAGAACCAUAA